AUGUUCUUGAAUCGGAACCAUCCUUUCGAUGAACUCCGAUGGGUGAUCCAAAUCCGUCGAAUCAUCGACGACGACGAGGUCGAAGUCGGCGAAGAUCAACCUAUCUCAAUCUUCGAAGUUCCGAAGCCUCUACUUGGCAACAAGCCCGACGCCUACGUUCCUCAGCUCGUCGCGAUCGGCCCGUACCACCAUUGCCGAGAAGAAUUGCGGGACAUGGAGAGGUACAAAAUCUCCGCGGCACGCAGAAUCCAAGCCCAACUCCCUAGCACGAGUUUUCGACAAAUUGUGACCAUCUUCGGCAAGCUCGAGCUUCGGAUUCGGGCUCACUAUCACAGGUACCUCAAUCUCAACGGCGAAACCCUCGCGUGGAUGAUGGCAAUCGACGCGUCGUUCCUUCUCGAAUUCCUUCAAAUCUACACCACAACUGAGCAUGGCAAAACUAUGCACAGGAUUCCCUCUAGGAUGAUCCACUUAGUGGACACCGCGCGCCGAACAUCGGCACACAACAUGAUUCUUUGUGACAUAGUGAUGCAGGAGAAUCAGAUUCCUCUCUUUCUACUCCAAAAGAUAAUGGAAAUCCAAUGCCCACAACCCGAACCUGCCGUAGAAUUUCUAUCGUCGAUGUUGGUCGGAUUCUCAAGGGAAAUUUCGCCAUUCAAGAAGAUUGCGCACCCUUCAUGCGUCGAUACCUCACAAUACGCACACUUGUUAGAGUUCCUCUAUUGUAACAUUGUACCGAAGCACGAAGAACCUUAUGAAACCACACCGAAGGAUGAUCACGACGAAAAUGAAGUGCAAAGAUUUAUUCGUAGCAUCAAACGGCUUACGAUCGCGGUAACAAGCUACGUGUUCGACCGAAUUCGAGCACUUUUAUCGGUGAUCAUCAAAUUCGUAGUGAAAAUUCCGUUGAGAGUUCUCGCAAACGUUCCACCACUCUCAAUCAUAAAAAUCCCUAUUGAGGAAACUCUCUUUUGCCAAAUGGAUCAAACCCCCAAAAUAAGCAAUGUAAGUGUGACACCGCUACUCGAAGAGAUCGCGAUCCCUUCGGUGGCCGAACUAGCCUACGCAGGUAUAAAGCUAUCUCCUACUAAAGGUGAUCUCUCGACAAUUGAGUUCAAUGUAGAUAAAGCUACACUUCAUUUACCCGUGAUUAGUCUCGACGUGAACACCGACAUCGUGUUACGUAACUUGGUUUCAUACGAAGCAUCGAUAGGGUCAAGGCCCCUGUUCUUUGCGCGAUACAUUGAACUAAUGAACGGAAUUAUAGACACAGAAGAGGAUGUGAAACUCUUGAGGGAGAAAGGGAUCAUAAUGAACCAUUUGAAGAGCGACAAAGCGGUUGCGGAGCUAUGGAACGGGAUGACGAGAUCGAUAAGGCUAACGAGGGUCGCGAGAUUGGAUAAGCUUGUGGAGGAUGUGAAUGAGUAUUAUCAUAGCAGGUGGAAAGUAAAGAUGAGGAAUUUUAUGAGGAGAAAUGUGAAGUGUGGUUCUACAUGGGAUUGUGCUGCGUUGUUAGUAGUUGUUUUGUUCUUGUUUGGUGUAGGUUUGCAAGCGUUUUGUUUGGCUCAUGGGUGCAUUAGAGUGUCUCCUGAGAGAAAGGUAAGGGCAUGA